AUCAUGCCUUGUAGUAAUUUUUACAAUUUGAAAGAAUUUGAUGGAAAUUUAAGGAAUUUUUAAGCAACUGGGAAAUUUGAUUGUGAGAGAACUGUCCUGGCGGUCAAAUUUAUGUCCUAGAAACAUUCCUUCCUUGCAAGACACCUGGAAAAUAGCGAUUGUAAAGUAUGGUUACCAGGGAUAGCUUUUACAUGAUCAAUUUAUAGGAGGAAGACUGGGCUGCAGUAAUGUAAAACGUGCCCGGAAUAGAGGUUCUGCAGGGCUGCAACUAUUUUGAUGAGUACCCUUGGAAAUGCUGUUGUACUCUAGUGGAAAAUAAGCUGAAUUUAGCAAAUUAGCAAAAAAAUUUUUAUUUACAAACCACUGUGACUUUUCACGUGCAAGCUUCUACAACACAGGAAAGUGGUGAAAGGAAAACACUCCACUACGACAAAAUCUGGGUCCGUGGCAACACCUUAGACCGUCCCUGACAAUGGAGGACGUGUAGGUGGAACGGUCGGUGGAAGAAGAAAUUGGACAAGAUGGAAAAAUUUCUGAGCAGUCUUAACGUUGAAAACAAGCGUUUCUAAUUUGUACGGCGUUCCGUGAAGGUUGUAAUUAAGUCGCAACAACGUUGCAAUAUGACAGCAAACAAGUGAAGAGCGGAAGAACGUUCAUCCUAAGUAGGAGGCUAAUAUUUGUUUUUCUCCUUUGGGACCGUAGCGACUUUUAUUGGAUGACCUCUAGAGCUCUGGAGUAUCAAUUCGAGAACAAGUUUUCGUUCCCUGUAUUAGCAAGUUGCAUAUGUUAUCAACGUCGUCGAGAUGGAAUAUUUGUCGUAAACCGUCAACUAGUUUGUCGUUUGUACUUCUUGCAUCAUUGUCGUACUAGUAUCUGUGAGAAUAACAUCUUGGUUGUUGUUUGGUGAAGAAGGAUGGAGAAUAACGAAACACCCAAAGUAUCAAAAGCAAAGACACCUCAUGGGGUCAUUGAUCACAAUGUAACCCAUGAAUAUGAAAGAGAACUUUAUUUAAUAUGCCCUCAAAGGAGAUGCACUCUUCAAAGCAACGGAAAAAAUAAAAACAUGUCGGAGAACUACUUGAUGCGAGAGCAGUUCAGUCAGAACAGUCGUAAAAGAAAAGAUAAAAGACUUCAAAAUGACAGCAGAUUUUGUGAACUCAGUGAUAUUAAAGGCGAGUUUAGAAGAAAGAAUUCUAAACAAACACGACGUGUUGUGUCUGUCGAUGAGUCACAGCCUGUGAAGAAUUCUCCUCUUUCUCAGUCACAGCUUAGUUUAUCUGUUCGAAGGCAGUUAAAGUAUACCACAUCUACGGAAGAGGAUGGUUCCUUGGCUGAUACGCAAGCUGGCGAAACUCCAACAAAAAAACCAAAAUUAGAGAAUCUUAAGGAGAAGUUUCCUUCUGGUCAGCUGAUAUGGGGGAAAUUAAAAGGUUUUGAUUGGUGGCCUGGUAUUGUUGUUGAUGUUGGUGCUUCCGCAAGCUUGGAAAACCACAUCAAUGAAGUCUGGGUUAAGUGGUUUGGAGAUAACAAGUUCUCAAAGCUUAUCAAGAAUGAAAUUGUUCUCUUUCGUCAUUUUCAAACAAAGUUUCUGAACUCAAAAUUCAGAGGAGUUUACAAAAGAGCCGUCGUUGAAGCAUUAGAGGUUGCUGUUUCACGUUGUAAGAAAGAGUUGAACGCAGAAGACAAUGAAAAGUGUGACCGUGUAAAACUUUUGUUAGACUGGGCUCUAGAUGAUUUUAAGCCCAGCGGACCUGAGCCAUUUGAAACGAUUAAAGAUGAACACAAAGUUUCAAUAAGUCCGAGCGCUGUUAACCUAGAAGAGGCCUGGAACCACCAUGAAGGAAAGAACAGAUUUGGUCAACCAAUCAGAAAACCAGCCCUAGCGGAAGACGUAAAAGUUGUUUUUGACCAAGCAGCUUCUGGGGUUUUGAAUAUUGAAGACAUCUGUCUUGGUUGUGGCGAUGUCAAAAUAAGUGUUCGACAUCCUCUUUUUUAUGGUGCACUUUGCGAUGAGUGUAAGGACACCUUUCUCGAAUGUGUUUAUCUCUUUGAUGAAGACGGAUACCAGAUGUAUUGUACGAUAUGUGGUGAUGGAAAAGAAGUUUUCAUGUGUGAAUCUCCAGCUUGCUUCAGAUCUUACUGUGCUGUGUGUUUGGAACUAAUGUGUGGCACUGGUACUGUUGAGCAGAUUUCGUCGUUAGAGACGUGGUGUUGUAUAAUGUGCCAGAAUACUAAAGUUGGUCUUCUUGAAAAAAGGGAAGAUUGGCAAGAGCAACUUCGACAGCUUUUUGACAUGGACAAAGAACACGAAUAUACUCCUCCUAUGGUAUCACCUCCUGUGCCACCUGAAAAACGAAAACCUCUUCGUGUUCUUUCCUUAUUUGACGGUAUCGGAACAGGAUUGUUCGCGUUAAAAGAACUGGGUCUCAACGUGGAGGUUUACGUGGCAUCUGAAAUUGAUGAAAACGCUACAAUGGUCGUCAAAGUUCAACAUGGCGAUGAUGAUGUUGUAAAAUUAGUUGGGGAUAUAGAACAAAUCACGCCAAAUCAGAUUCAGUCAUGGGGACCAUUUGAUUUGGUUAUUGGUGCAAGUCCUUGCAACGAUCUGUCAAUUGCUAAUCCUCUUCGACAAGGUGUUUAUGAGGGCAGCGGUCGUCUGUUUUUCGAGUUCUUUCGCCUACUGAUGUACGCCAAGCCAGAGAAAGCAGACGCAAGGCCUUUCUUUUGGCUUUUUGAAAAUGUUGUUAGCAUGCGCACUGUGGAUAAAAGGACAAUAUCUAGAUUUUUACAGUGCAAUCCUGUUGUGGUCGAUGCCAAAGAUAUCUCUCCUGCCCGCAGAGCCCGAUACUUUUGGGGAAAUUUGCCAGGAAUGAAUCGACCUACAAUUCCAGUCUCUGGAGACAAACUUUCUCUACAAUCAUGUUUAGAACCACAUUGUGGUCGUAAAGCUCGCUUUACAAAAAUACAGACAGUCACCACAAAGUCGAACUCAAUCAAGCAAACAAGAGAAGGUAUUUUACCCGUUGAAGUUUUCGAUUCUGAUGUAAAUGAAGAUUUACUUUGGUCUACUGAAAUGGAGAGGUUAUUUGGGUUUCCACCUCAUUAUACUGACGUCGCCAACAUGGGUCGAAAUCAGCGACAGAAAUUGCUUGGUAAAUCUUGGAGCGUUCCAGUAAUCAAACAUCUUUUUUCACCACUAAGGGAAUAUUUCAGUUCAAAAUCCGUUGCAGAGGAUUGCAAUCAAAGCAAAAGCUAAAUCCACGUAUUUUUUUCUCAUUUCUUUUCCUUUAUCAGACAAAAAAUUCCUCCUUAGAAGGAAUGUAACAUUUUUACAUGUUAUCUUAUUUCUUGAUGUUGUCACUUUUUCUCGUGGACAGGUAGUAUGCAAAAGAUUUUCUAACUAUG